GUCAUUAAUUUGACAUUUCACAAAAUAAAAAUACGAAACACGCGUCGAUUGCUUGCCGGUCAAAUAAAAUUCAAUUUAAUCGAAAAAGGAACGCAAAAUUCCACAAACUAAUAAAUAAUCGACCGACAACAAAAACUGAGAGGGCACUCAGAAGAACCUCAUCGAGACCGGUCACAAAAUGUUUAUCAACGAACAAGUGAAAAUUGACAUUGAAUGGGGCCAUGAGCGACUGGUACGGGCCCAACAAACCGUUGAAAUUCGUCCGUACGAUGUGGAAGCUUGGUCAGUAUUAUUGCGCGAGGCUCAAAGCCGUCACGUCAAUGAAGUUCGUUCACUGUACGAGUCAAUUGUUUGUGUAUUUCCGACUACGGCCAGAUAUUGGAAAAUUUUCAUUGAACAGGAGAUGAAAGCUCGCAAUUACGAGAGAGUAGAGAAGCUGUUCCAGCGUAGUCUCGUUAAAAUUCUUAAUAUUGACUUGUGGAAAUUGUACCUGACAUACGUGAAAGAAACAAAGGCUGGUCUCAGCACACACAAAGAAAAGCUAGCCCAAGCCUACGAUUUUGCAUUGGAAAAAGUCGGUAUGGAUCUGCACGCAUUUUCCAUUUGGAACGAUUACAUUUCAUUUCUGAAGAGUGUUGACGCCACCGGCAGUUAUGCUGAAAAUCAGAAGAUAACGGCUGUGCGAAAGGUCUAUCAGAAAGCGGUCGUGACGCCAAUCAUUGGCAUCGAGGUGUUGUGGAAGGAGUACAUUCUUUUCGAGCAAAACAUCAAUCCGAUCAUAUCCGAAAAGAUGAGUUUGGAACGGUCCAGGGAUUACAUGAACGCCCGACGUGUGGCCAAGGAAUUGGAAAUCGUGACCAAAGGUCUCAAUCGCAAUCUACCGGCCAUUCCGCCGACACUAACCAAGGAAGAAAUGAAGCAGGUGGAACUGUGGAAAAAGUACAUCGGUUUCGAAAAGUCGAAUCCACUACGCAGUGAAGAUACGGCAUUGGUGACGCGACGCGUUAUGUUCGCAACGGAACAGUGUCUGCUGGUGUUGACACAUCAUCCGGCCGUGUGGCAUCAAGCCGCCCAAUAUUUGGACCAAAGUUCUAAAUUGCUUACGGAAAAAGGCGAUGGUACAGCCGCACGAGCUUUUAGCGAUGAAGCUUCCAAUAUUUUGGAGCGAGCCAUUAGUGGAGUCUUGAGUCGCAACGCACUUCUGUACUAUGCUUACGCUGACUUUGAGGAAGGUCGAAUGAAAUACGACAAAGUCCAUGAAAUGUACAAGAAAUUUCUGGCACUGCCGGAUGUGGAUCCUACGCUGACCUACGUUCAAUACAUGAAAUUUGCUCGCCGUGCUGAAGGAAUCAAAUCUGCCCGUGAAAUAUUCAAAAAGGCGCGAGAAGACAUCCGAUCCCGAUACCAUGUGUUUGUGGCUGCUGCGCUUAUGGAAUACUAUUGCAGCAAGGACCAUAACGUUGCGUUUCGUAUCUUUGAGCUGGGCUUGAAACGUUUCGGCGGCAGUCCCGAAUUCGUAAUGAGUUACAUUGAAUAUCUGUCGCAUUUGAACGAGGACAACAACACGAGAGUGUUGUUCGAAAGAGUUUUAUCGUCCGGUGGAUUGACGGCACAGUUAUCGGUAGAAGUUUGGAAUCGAUUUUUGGAAUUCGAAUCGAACAUCGGCGAUUUGUCCAGUAUUGUGAAAGUGGAACGACGACGCAGUGCAGUCUUGGAAAACCUGAAAGAAUUCGAAGGAAAAGAAACAGCGCAGCUGGUUGAUCGAUACAAAUUCCUUGACCUCUUUCCGUGCACCGUCGUCGAACUGAAGUCUAUAGGCUAUUCCGAUAAAACCGGACUCGUGAGUUCGAAAGCAGCAACGUUGGAAACGGAUGAGGUUGUCAGUCAAUUGCCUCGACCCGAUUUCUCGCAAAUGAUUCCAUUCAAACCCAAGCUGACAACGUUUCCUGGCGAACAUCCAUUGGCCGGUGGCACAUUCCCACAACCGCCAGCUUUGGCUGCCUUAUGUUCACAGCUUCCGCCUCCCAAUUGUUUCCGUGGUCCAUUCGUGGCUAUUGACUUGAUGAUCGAUAUAUUCAAUCGAAUCCAAUUGCCGGACAUACCCGCUCCGAAUGGUGAAGGUUGCGACCCUAAACAGUUCGACUUGGCCAAAUCGGUACACUGGCUUGUGGACGACAGCACUUUCUCUGGCGAAGGUGGAUUGAAGCGCCGUCGAAUGUUGCCAGGUGGAGAUGACAGUGACGAGGAGGGUGGUCCUGCGCCACCAGCAAAUGAUAUUUACAGAUUGCGGCAGCAGAAACGCUUCAAUCGAACGUCCUAGGUUAAUCGUUUUCUUUUUUUAGGAUUUCACUGGAAAUGAAUCGCUGAAAAUAAAACGAAAUUGAUUUGACAACC